AUUGGCUGUUGCUAUCCAAGCUGCGGUGACAUCAUCAGUGAUGUGCUGCUGAAGCCGGAGCUAGUCUCCUGUUAGCCGAGUGGAGGUACGAGACCCUCGUCUGUCCGUCAUCACACCAAACACAGACGUCAUGUCUGACUUCACAGAGGACCAGAUAAUGGAGUUCAAGGAGGCGUUCCUUUUGUUUGACCGGACGGGUGAGGGGAAGAUCACCUACAGCCAGUGUGGUGAUGUCAUGCGGGCCCUCGGACAGAACCCCGUCAAUGCCGAGGUGAUCAAGGUCCUGGGAAACCCCAAGCUGGAAGAGAUGAACCACAAGAUGUUGGACUUCGAACAGUUCCUGCCCAUGCUGCAGGCCAUUGCUAAGAACAAGGACCAGGGCUCCUUUGAAGACAUUGUCGAGGGUCUGCGUGUCUUUGACAAAGAGGGAAAUGGUACAGUGAUGGGAGCAGAGCUACGUCAUGUUCUCACUACUCUAGGUGAGAAAAUGACAGAGGAGGAGGUGGAGACGCUUUUAGCGGGACAUGAAGAUGCCAAUGGCUGCAUUAACUAUGAAGAACUCGUCCGGAUGGUGAUGAGCGGUUGAGGAUCUCAGAAACACACUUCCAGCUUUAAUUUGAAUCCUAAAUGUUUUUGUAUCGUUUGUCUCAUCUUGCCCCUUCCGUCCACGUCAUCCUACCUCCAAAAAGUCUGCGUAUUCUUUUUUUUCUUUUACAUCUUUUAUUUUAUUUUCAAAAGUGCCUUUUCUGUCUAAUGUGAAGAAACACAUUCAUUUCACUCUCCAAACAUUGUUCAACCUCGCAGUGACAAUUAGCAGUAACGUUCCCCCUCCAAUGAUUCCACCUCUUCCAUCUUUGUAAAUCAACUCAUCAGUCUUGUUGUUUUUCUUCAUCUGCGUGGAUAUGAUGUGACAUGUUACAUUUAACAGUAUAAAAUAAAAAUCCUGCUUUCCAAAAUGUC